GAUGGUGAUCGAAAAAUAAACAGAGAAGAUUUAAAAAAGGCAUGCUUUCAGCUUAACUUGGAUUUGGAUGAUGAACUUUUGGAUUCUUUAUUUAAUUACUGUGAUUUGGAUGAAGACGGUUUUAUAGACUAUUUGGAGUUUGUAAAUUUUCUUAACUGGAAAGACAAAAUGGCUAUUCAAGAGUAUGAAGAAAAAAUAAUAACAAAAGGGAAAAAAACAGCUCCUUUUGAUCUUAUUCCAGCAAAUGAUUCAGAAAUUAAAGCUAAUGAAAAUGCUCUGCUAAAGCAGGAUGAUAUUGUACCCAUGGAACCAGGAAGUUUAGAAAAAACAUUUAGAACACUGUCAAGACCAACUGAUCGUGUAUUUUCUGAUUAUCGCACAACCUCUUCUCAAUAUAAUGCAGUUGUAGGUGGCAUUCCUUCAUCAUUUUACCCCCUAUUUGGCAUUCCAACCAUUCGUUCAGAUAUUCCAGCUCCUCGUUUUCGCCGUAUCAGUGACACCACUAAUUAUGGGGAUCAAGCAACUAUGUAUGCAUUGUUAUACCCCUCUAUCUAUAAUAAUAAAGGAGUAUAUGAGAAAGAUAUCUUCAGGAUAAGAUCAAAGGAAGAGAUUGCAGACAUUUUGCGCAACAUUGGUGUGAAACUUUCAGAUGAAAGCUUUGAUGAAGUAUGGAGGCAGGCCUGCCUGAAAGAUCACAGAGGAAAAGUUUGUAUAGAAUCCAUCAGAAAUGUACUAGAUGAGAUGGAGGCAUUACACUUGACCAGCUGAUAAGGACUUUCCUUUGAAUUAUGUGAUAUUUAUGGUUGAAUAUUAUCUUACUGCAGUAAAUUUUCCUGUUAUGAUAUGUUUUGAGAC